AUGACGGCGGCGGUGCGCGCGGUAAUUUAUCGUGGCGGCGCGGUGGACGGAGCGGAAGCAGCGUCGCGAGCUUCACCGGCGCGCGCGCGGCCAGGGCAUGAAGGCAGUGUGCACGACGGCCUCGACGCGAGAGCUCCGGUGCUGCAGCGCGGCGGCGGCGGCGACCCUGCAACAUUUUAUCCACGCGGGCAUGCCAGCAUGCCGAAGGGGCAAAGCCGCGCAGACGAUCGCCGCCACAAGGUUCUGUCCGUUGGCUCUCUGAAGUCUGCCGCUACCUGCUCCGAGGCCAAAGUGACUCCAUCAUCCAGCGGCGGCGUCACGGUGCCGUUGCACCACCGGCACGGCCCAUGCUCGCCUGUACCCUCCAAGAAGAUGCCCACCUUGGAGGAGAGGCUCCGGCGUGAUCAGCUUCGAGCCGCCUACAUCAAACGGAAGUUCUCUGGCGCCAAGGGUGGCGACGUCGAGCAAUCGGACGCCGCUACCGUGCCGACCACGCUGGGCACCUCCCUGAGCACGUUGGAGUACGUGAUCAUCGUCGGCAUCGGGUCGCCGGCCGUGACCCAGAUCAUGUCCAUGGACACCGGCAGCGACGUGUCGUGGGUGCAGUGCACGCCGUGUUCGCAGUGCCACUCCGAGGCGGACUCGCUCUUCGACCCCAGCGCGUCGAGCACCUACUCGCCCUUCUCCUGCAGCUCCGCCGCCUGCGCGCAGCUCAGCCAAAGCCAGCAGGGGAACGGGUGCUCCAGCUCCCAGUGCCAGUACAUUGUCAACUACGGCGAUGGCUCGAGCACGACCGGGACCUACAGCUCCGACACCCUGACGAUGGACUCCAACGCCAUCAAGGGCUUCCAGUUCGGGUGCAGCCACUCAGAGUCCGGCGGCUUCAACGACCAAACCGACGGGCUCAUGGGGCUCGGCGGCGGCGCGCAGUCUCUCGCGUCCCAGACGGCGGGGACCUUUGGCAAGGCCUUCUCGUACUGCCUCCCGCCGACUCCGGCCUCCUUUGGGUUCCUCACUCUUGGAGCGGGAAGCUCGGGUUUCGUGAAGACGCCGAUGCUCAGGAGCCUCAAGAUCCCGACGUACUACGGCGUGCUCCUUGAGGCCAUCAGGGUGAGAGGUCAGCAGCUCAACAUACCCACCUCGGUCUUCUCCGCCGGGUCGGUCAUGGACUCCGGUACGAUCAUCACGAGGCUGCCGCCGACCGCGUACUCGGCGCUGUCGUCGGCUUUCAAGGCCGGGAUGAAGCAGUACCCGCCGGCACAGCCAAGCGGCAUCCUCGACACUUGCUUUGACUUCAGCGGCCAGUCCAUCAGCAUACCGACCGUCGCACUAGUCUUCUCCGGGGGCGCCGUCGUCGACCUCGCCUCCGACGGGAUCAUGCUGCAGACCAGCAGCAGCAUCCUCUGCCUCGCCUUCGCGGCCAACAGUGACGACAGCUCUCUCGGCAUCAUCGGCAACGUGCAGCAGCGGACGUUCGAGGUGCUGUACGACGUCGGAGGUGGUGCUGUGGGUUUCAGGGCAGGGGCUUGCUGA